GUGACAUAAAGGGGCUUCCGUAGUUGUAUAUGUCGGCUGCUGUUGUAUCCAGCGCCACCCCACCUGAUAGUCAGGAACCAGUCGUGUGAACAUCUUAUCACGUUCCAGGAAAUUCAAAACGACUUUCCUCGGUUCUGCAGAUAUGUCUUCCUAACGUUUGUCCCAAAUUGAAAGCUAUCGUUUUUCGAUUGUCGCAGUUUAGCGAGCAGGCCAGUGCACCGCAAGCUAGCAAAGUAGCUAACGUCAACGUCACUAGUGAAACCGCAAAAAAGCUUGACAUUUUUGUGACCCAACGUCCACCGUGGGCUUUCUUGAGUGGACAAAAAUCAGCAGCAGAACAACAGAAUGAACGUCGCAAAAAGUGGCUAUCGUGUUUUUUCGGCAAACUCCUCCGCAGCAUGCACAGAACUGGCGAAGAAGAUAACAGAGCGACUAGGAGUCGAGCUGGGAAAGUCUGUUGUCUUUCAAGAGUCUAAUAGUGAGACAAGAGUGGAUGUCAAAGAAUCCGUCCGUGGACAGACCAUCUUCAUAAUUCAGACCAUACCAAGAGAUGUCAACACAGCAAUCAUGGAGCUGUUGGUCAUGGCCUACGCCCUCAAGACCUCUUGCGCAAAGAACAUCAUCGGUGUUAUUCCCUACUUUCCCUACAGCAAGCAGUGCAAGAUGAGGAAGAGGGGCUCCAUAGUGUGCAAGUUGUUAGCGUCAAUGUUGGCUAAAGCAGGCCUAACGCACAUUAUCACCAUGGAUUUGCAUCAGAAGGAGAUCCAGGGCUUCUUUUCUUUUCCUGUGGACAACUUGCGAGCCUCCCCAUUCCUCAUCCAGUACAUCCAGGAGGAGGUUCCGGAUUACAGAAACGCCAUCAUCGUGGCCAAAUCCCCAUCAGCAGCAAAGAGAGCGCAGUCCUAUGCAGAACGCUUGCGCUUGGGCCUGGCUGUGAUUCAUGGCGAGGCUCAGUGUUCUGAAUCCGACAUGGCCGAUGGAAGACACUCGCCACCAUGUGUGCGCAACACCACAGGACACACAGGAUUGGAGCUGCCCUCAGGCAAACAACAAGCCCCGUUCCCUGGCAUAGAGCUUCCAAUAAUGAUGGCCAAGGAGAAACCUCCAAUUACUGUUGUUGGAGACGUGGGGGGACGAAUUGCCAUCAUUGUGGACGACAUCAUAGAUGAUGUUGGAGACUUUGUUGCAGCCGCUGAGAUCCUGAAAGAGAGAGGCGCUUAUAAAAUUUACAUCAUGGCCACACACGGAUUGCUUUCUGCUGAUGCUCCGCGCCUCAUAGAGGAGUCUGCCAUUGAUGAGGUGGUGGUGACCAACACGGUGCCCCACGAAGUGCAGAAGCUCCAGUGUCCAAAAAUCAAGACUGUGGAUGUCAGCAUGAUCCUGGCUGAGGCCAUCCGCCGCAUCCACAACGGGGAGUCCAUGGCUUACUUGUUCCGCAACAUCGCCGUGGACGACUAGAAAGUGAAGAACAGACGUGGGUUUGAACAAACAAAAAACAACAACCAGUCACCACCCAUUGAAGACAUAUUCCACCUCAUGCACAGGUAGUUUUUUUCCUUACUCCAGGGUCCAAUGAUGUCUGCCCACACCAGUGAUGGUUAAAAAGUACCAGUCCGCAUAGAACCACAUCUACAGUAUGUGUAUGCUGUAGCAACAGGUGGCGCUACUAAACCUAACCCCACAGAAGAAAGUCACUUCUGGAAAAGGCCACUCUAACAUCGGUGAAAAAAAUACAGGAAAAUGGCAGAAAUGAUGGCAGAGUGAGAGAGUGAGUCAUAUAAAGCUCUCCUUGCGUGAAUGUCAAAAACAUUUAACAUUGACAAAUACAGUAGUACCUCUGUUUUCAUUGUUAAUCUGUUCCAAAAGCUCGGUUUAAAACCAAAGCGUAUGAAAACUGAAGCAAUUUUUCUUUGUAGGAAACUACGGCAAUCCAAUUACUGUUCGAGACGCCCAAAAAUAUUUUUUACAUGCAGGAAACUAUGAGAAAUAAUAAUCGAUUUUGAAAGAAAUUGAUAAAUGAGCACGCCUGCGCAGUGUGAGGGGAAAGUGAGCAGGAGACGUUUGCUACAGGCUGCAUGCUGCAAUAGUCACAGCCACAGGUGAUCGGCUUUUGGCAUCUGCGUCGAAUGGCAUUUAUCAGCAUGUGUUUUUCACAGAAAUCGGACGAUUUUGAUCGGUGGCUAAUUGGAGCACCCCUACUUAUUAUGUCUACUAUAUUGGGUAAUGUGAGUGUAGAGGUGACUAUAGGGGUGUUAGUUUAUGCCUAGAGGGCUCUAAUAACAUUAAAAACCGUAUUUAGAAGGCAGUAAACAGGUUUUCUCUGCUUUAACUACAAAAAUAUUCUAUUUGUAAAUAAGGAAUCCUACUUUUACGAAAGCAUAAAAUCCUAGUUCACGGAAAUUCACUUCCGGAACCAGUUAACCGCAAUAAACGAGGGAUGAUAUCGAAAACCGAGGUUCCACUGUAUCCUGUAGACUCACCUUCGGGAAACACUAUUUUUGUAACAUGACCAAAAUAAUAUGUAUUUGGACUGACAAAAAUCUAUGAAGGUACUUCAUAUCUAUGACUGACAAGUAGCACGAUUUGUCUUCUGGCAGGUUGGUUUCUCUUGCUGACCCGUGUGCUCUUGGCUGCGUUGCGCUGUAACUAGCUUGCAUUUAACAGUGCGUUGUUUGCCCAUUGAUGCACAAACUUGUAACUUGUUUUAUUAUUAGAAUGUUUGUCAUGUCACGUGGGUUAUCCAAAGUUCCCGGGAGAAACUCGGCUGUUUACUUUGACACCGGAAACACGAUUUAACUUCUUUAAUGUUAAUAUACACAUCCAAUCCAAUGCUGUACAAAGUCAGAUUGGUGAGUAGAAACUGUGACAUCAUUUCUCGCCGCGCUGCAAUCAGUUUGAGGAGAUUUCAGUGUCAAGGCUGUUGGCGUGUUGAUCUCUUAGCAUUUAGCUUGGCUUUACUUUCCAAAGAGUAUUUUUCAGAAGUAAUUUUUUGCUUGUUGAGCACCUCUUCUCAGUCUUUUAAUGUUGCACCUUUGACCCAAGUUUGAAGUUAAACCUGAUUGUGUGAAAGCGUAAUUUGAUGAAAUCCCUGAAGUUUGCAAGUGUUUUCAGUGUCUGUCUUUAUGGCUGUUAGAUUUACGAAGCAAAAUAAAAGAAAAACAUCUAUACACACACACACACACACCAUGAACUUGUCAUCUACCUCCAUCAACCAAUUCGUAUUCUCGGUAUAAGAAAAAGUAAUGAUCCUCAUCAGCUCCACUUUGGACUUUUAUCAGAAAAUGCAAACGUUAGCAUGCUAAGAGGCUAACAAUAAAAUGGUACAUUUCAGUUGUGCGUAGAUUGGACUGGCAUGCCUUUUUAGAAUUUUCUGUAAUGAAGAGACAACCACCGGGUGCCUAGAAAAUAAGGUGUUCUUGUUGCGUAAUAAAGCAAAAAAAAAGGCCGAUUUGUCAUCAUGAUCGUAAUGUACAGUUAUGCUGAUGUGUUGUUUCCCUGCAACCCGCGUAUGUUUAGAACGUGUGCACCUUUUUGAGCAUUCAGAGUGAUGCAUAAGUGGUAUAUUAAUGUAUUUCUGUGCUUAUUCAGCCCUUUGCUCAGGGAAAUAUACUUUAUAAACAAGGCAAAUGUACUGUUUUCAUGUUCCUGAUGGUGGUUUGCAUUUUCCCAUUUGUUCAAUUUACUUUUAAAUGCAUUAUUUCUCCUAAGCUAUACUGUAAAAGCAUGUGCUGAUGACGCGCUCGCAGAAACUUGAUGUAAUUUAAUGAAGUCUUCCCUUUUUUCUUUGCCUCCUUUUCCCAAGUGUUUGACGUUGUUUAUAAAAUAAAAUGAAUUAAUUGGCCUUUGUUGUGCCAAGUGUUUAUGUCCCUUUGUAACCCAUAGUUUAUGAAACGUUUUUAAUUUGAUUGCUGUUCAUUUUAGAUUUUGUUAAUUACCUUUAUGGACAGAAUUUCUGGGUGCAACCAGGGCAUUUGGGCGGGGGUCUCACGUUUGGUGUCUGCAGGAUUCGGGGUCUGCUUUUUGCAGAUGAUACGGUCAUGCUGGCGUCAUUGGGCCAUGAUCUUCAAAUUUCACUGGAUCGGCUGGCAGCCGAGCGUGAAGUGGCCGGGAUGAGAAUCUGCACCACGGUUCUCGCCCGGAUAAGGGUGGAGUGCCAUCUCCGAGUCGGGGGAUGAGAUCCUGCCCCAAGCGGAGGAGUUUAAGUAAGCCGCGUUUGUCAAUAUUGUCCCCCCAGCCGUGGGGGGCAGGGGG